GUAAUUGAAAUGGCACUGUUUGAAGAUUUCGAGGAUGAAAUGAGAGUUGUUUUUACGUGUGGUAUGUGCGAGACAAUCUGUGAAAAAUAUGAAGAUCACGAUUGCUUGAAAAAAUAUGCGCAUCAUUACAUCGACAGUAAUUAUUAUUGCUAUCCGUUAUUAGACGACAAAGUAACAAUUAUUCGACGCGCAUUAUUGGAUAAUGGUCGAGAAGGGUUAAUAAAGGAAAAAAUUAAUUCAGCUAAUAAAGAAAACGAGAGCUGUAUUAUUUUCAAUGAGACUUCUGAUGAUCCUCCGGUGUCCAAGUCUCAACAGAAAAGUACAACAACAAAACACCAAAAGACAAAACAAAGCAAGCAAUUAAGUGAAAUUGAGGUCGAGUUUUUAUUAAAUGAAGUGCAAAAAAGAUCUCCACUUUGGGACCACACUAUUUCACUCACUGAAAGAAACCGAGAAAAAAUUCCAGUAUUAUGGGCAGAAGUUUCGAGGGCAUUAAAAGGUAAAUUAGAUGCUAAUGAAUGUAAGAAAAAAUUUAAGUCUGUCCGAGAUACGUAUCGCCGCCUAGUACAAAAUGAAAACCAACCAAGUGGUUCAGCAAGGGCUGAGUCCACCCGUGAAUGGAAAUAUUAUAGAUGCUGCGAGUUUCUUCGCGACGUUUGUUUAAUUCGAUCAACUGGCACAAAUGUGGAUGGAGAUAAUAAUUAUCAUAAAGAGUUAGGUUCUGAUAAUGAUGAUCCAUCAAAUAGUCUCGAUGAAACUUUUGAGGAGAGAACCAGCCACAAAUCUGUAAGCCAAAAAGGGAAGAAACGUCCACAUCCAGAUAUUACGGAUUCCAUAAACGCAAUAAAUCGAAUUGCUGAUGUUAUAAGUAAAGACGAAACCCCGGUGAGAUUACCAGAGCCUCCGAAGUUAGAUCAAGUUGGUGGAUUUCUCAUCGGUAUCGGUCAUCAGUUAAGACAGCUGCCAGAUGAUAUUCAAUUGCAAACUGUUAUUGAAAUUUUACAAUUAAUAAAAGAAAAGAAGUAA